UUGUUUCCCUGUCAGCGGUAAAUAAAUGGACGAGACUUUACACACUUCAGAAGUCUCCACAAUGCACAACGAUCAAUAAUCGAUUAAUCUGACGCAAAAGUAAAUGUGUGAUACUUUGCUCGGUUAUCAUCUUUACAGGACAUGUCAACUUGGGUUUUUAAUUUUCUAAAGGAAAAUGUGCAGUGAUUAGGAAUAUAUAAUUAACACCAUGCUCAGUCCGCUGACACGGGGAUAUGGCUCCUGGGACGGGAUGCAUUAUGAUCCCUAUUCUGAUCACGCUGCAGAGGAGAAGUUACCAUUCAUCAAUGAACAGGAACCCCACAGACACGGCAUUACUGUGGGCCACAUGUCACGAUGUUCCACCUCGCUUUCGUUCAAGAGUGGCAUGGCCCCUCCCGCCACACCCAUCAGUCGCUCCGAGAAACUUCAAAGGGAGACCACUCACAACAGACUCUCAAGGGAGACAACCUCUGUGGACCACUCCAGCAAGUAUGACCUCCCGAAGACUUACUUGACUAAGAAGGGGGCUCUGAUGCUUUUCACUGCCCCUAAAGAUGACCAGGAGCUUGAUGAGAGCUAUGGGAGUCCUAAGGUUGUUAAGACCCACAGAGUGAAGAAGUUGCUGGAUUCCUCCCUGAAGAUUGGCUCUCUGGACAGACUGGCCAUGUCUAUAUUGCAAUAUGGAGAUGAGGAGGAAUAUGACAAAGAAAAUGCAAGCAUAUCUGAUGAGAAAAAGAAAAUGUUCAUAAAAAUUUUACGCAAAGAAGAAAACCAAAGAGAACUUGAUACUCGCUCACAGCCUGGCUGUGAUCUCAACUCAUAUCUCAGGGAUCUCAAAUUCAGAGCAAGCUACAGAGCUAACAUGAGUGGUGACACCAAUAUACCUCGAAGUCGGGAAGCGAUGGAAUUGCGUGCAAUACUUCAGGGCCUACAAGACAACCGCUGGCCCAUAGUUUACAACACAGAGUCCGGUACUUUUGAAAACCGCAGCAGCUUUGGAGACCAGUUUACAAGACCAGUUUCUCAGCAGUCUACCAGAACUCAAGCAUCCCAAGGAUCUGGCAGUACCACCCCUCGCUCUAUCCUCUCUGCCAGUAAACUCCGGGCAUCCCUCAAGUCCUACAGCACGUACAUGGGUCGGCCUGCCUCAGAUGAUACAGUCAAGGAGAUUAAAUCCUCCCUACCUCGAGUCUCCAUUAGGCGCUCCUCGGCUCCUUCCAUAGGAAGCAGGUCAGCAGACUUGAUAAGUCCAGGGCGAGGAAAACGACGCGUCCACUCAUCUAUUACAGGAGGAAGUAUUGUAGAAGAAGACGAGGAAGGCCUUCCUUUGUACUAUGAUCCAUUGUCAGGUAUGGAGGGCUCCUCUAUUGCCUACACAGAUUCCACAGAUCUUGGACCACACAUGUACACAUUUGAUCUAGCAUCAGGUGAAAGUUCACACUUUGAUAUGGACAGCCAAGGUGAUGGGCCCAAACUCUCUGGUGAUGGAAGUGUGGAUGUGGCGGAGGACACCAAUGAACAAUCGGAUGAUGUAGAAGUGUUAAUAGUAGAGGGACAAGGUAGCACUGAUUUGGCUAGUGAACCCCAAAGUAGUUCUAAUCAAUUCCAAUUGGUGGUGGAAGACCAAAACACUAAUACUUGUGAUAAGUCUGCACAAUAUGAACUUGACGUAGAUUCUUUAAAUAACAGUGGUGUUGGUAUUGGUGCUAUUCCAAGCAUUAGAAUUGGUGAGGGUGUAUCCACAAAUAACAUUGUUGACAUGAGUAGUGCACUUAGUUCCCAGCCCGACCCUUGUAGUGAAUCUGAAAAAUUCGAUGCUGAAACUAGCACAACUCUCAGUGAAGAUCUAAUAGAACCCCCUGGUGUCAAUAAAGUUGAUAUAAAACCUAUUUCAGGAGUAAUUCCCGAGGAAGAAAAUGUUGAUGUAGGGUUUGUUGGUGAAGGUGUGCACAUUCCACGUGGUGAUGACGAGGGCGAUGAACUUGACUGGGAAGAAAGGGGUGAGGAGGCAGCAGGCACUGAGGUUGACUUGGCUAGAUAUGGAGUGAUAGGGGAGGAGGAUAUUGGAGAAGGGGAUGAGAUAGAUGAAGGCACAGAAGGAAAUAAAACUUCACCAAAAGUUGGAGAUGUACACGACACAAGCCUUUCACUUUCGCCUGCACGUCUCACUAAAUCGCCCACAUCAUUAAAAGAUCAGGGUUCACCAGAAAGACGGGCCUCUGUAGCACGAACUGAAUCAAGGGCGUCACUGAAAUCUCAAUCUCCCAAUCUGUCAAAGUCCCAAUCUCCUGUCUUGAGAAAGACAUCAAUUUCACAAAGCAAUAAAAAGUCACCGUCUCCUGUCCAAAAGACAGUUUCACCCAUACAAACUCCUCAAAAAACUGUAGUAAACGAGAUAUCUAAGCAAAUCCCCUCUCCUGAAAUUCGUGGCAAAAACACCCCACCAUCUGUAACAAUCACAAAGAAAUUGUCCUCACAAAAUUUACCCAAUGUAACGAAUGACGCCGACACCCCAGACACUCAAAAGACAAACAAAAUGCCCGUUGGUCCCUCUGAUAAAGAUAAUUCAUUGCAAGGCCCGAAAGACAUAAAACAUGAAGGGCCCAAAGAUGGCCUCCCUCUUGCACCAGCUUCUAGUCCGGUUCCGAAAGAACUGGACGCACCUGACACACAAAAAGCACAAGCUAUGGAUGAGGGAGCACCAGAGAAAGAGCUUAAAGCAGUGGCAGACAAAUCUGAGAAAGCAGAAGAUGAAGACAAGGAAACCAGUCCCGACUUGUCAAUCAGUCCAGUUGAAGAUAAAGACAAAAAGAAACAGCUUCAAACAAAUGAAGACAAAGAAAAACCAAAGGGACUUGAUGGGGCAGGCGGUGCAGAUCCCUCUAUAUCUACCAAAGUGGAGGCUCCAGCUCCACCCAAGCUGGUGGACCAGAUGCCAGUCAUUCCAGACUACCUCAAACCGAAACCACAAAAAACGCCAAAGACAAAAGAAAAGAAAGCGAGAAAACAACCUGCUCCAAAAACCAAAAAAGAUGUCACCAAAGCUAUGUCUGUUGCUUCAAUACAGCCAGAGGCUGAUACUGCCAGUAAAGCUGAGUCUGUUGCAAAGGUAUGGGACCACCAAAAAGUGGAGAUUCCACCAGAAAAAGACGAGCUUGUCAUCCCUGACCACAUGAAGGAAGCCUUCGAUAGAGACACAGAACAGUCCAGAGCAGCCUUGGAACAACAAAUGAAACAAAAUCAUAGGAAAGCUAGGAAAACUAAUGGUGUGGCCAGUAUAGUAGACGAUACUUUAAACCACACAAUAGACGAGAACUACCUCGAGACUGGACUCACAGAAGAGGAACUCCUAGAGGCUAAGAUGGCAGUAGAGGAAAAACUUCUAGUAGCACAAGCAAAAAUUGAAGAGAUGGAGAAAACUGGCACUAUUGAAGAUUCUAAAAACUCUGAUGAGAAACAAAAAGCUGUGACGGUAAAAGAAGGAAAAGGAAAGAAAAAAGGCGGUAAAGGAAACUCGGCCACCAAGGACAGCUCGGCAAAACGUCAGGCAAAGGUUGAAAAGGACCUUCAAGCACAGAAAAUACUCAAAAAGGAACAAAAGAGGAUAGAAGAAAAGAAAAAAUUAGAAGAAAAGCGUAAAUUGGAAGAUGAAAUCAUGGCCAGACAAGAGCUCGUAGAGGAACACGAACAGAGGACAAGGGACAAAGAACUGAAACGUGGAAAAGCAGCCAAGAAGGAACUUAAAUUGGAAAUGGAGCGUUUAAGGAGAGAAGAAAUGGAAAUGCAAGAGGCCGUCGAUGAGGUCCACCAAUACCUGGCUGAGUCUAGGAAGCGGCAGCGAGAGGAGAGAGAUCAGAGAAGGAAAGCGGAUCAGGAGAGAAGGCGAGAUCUAGCGCGGGAAAAAUUCGAACAAGACAAAAAGAAAAGAGAAGAGGAAAGUAAAAAAGUAAUGGAAGAGUUGGACAGAAUUCAUGAUCUCGAAAUGAGAAAACAGAAAAAACUGGAGGAAGAGAUGAAAAGAGAAGAAGAAGAAAGAAUAGCUCUGGAACAAGCAGAGGAGGAAGAAAAGGAAAGGGUACGAGCUGAAGAAGAUCAAGAGAGAAGAGUUAGAGAAAUCGAAGUUCAGAUGGAAGAAGAGGAAAUGCAGAGGUUGUAUAAUCAAGAACAAGAAAUAAGUCGUCAACGAAUUUUAUUAGAAAUGGAACGAGAAAAAAUGGCAGAGGAAGAAGAGAAUAAGAGACAAGAACUUUUGGCUGAGCAGAUGAAGUAUGAAGAAAUAAAACGAAAACAAGAAGAGGAAGAGCUUAGAGUAUUAGACGAACAGAGACGAAGGUUACAGGAGCUGAAGGACAUGGAGGAAGCCGCAAAGCUUAAACUUCAACAAGAUCUUGAAGAGAGAAGAGCAAAAGCCUUGGCUCGAAGGGAGGAAAACUUAGAAAACAGAGCUAAUAUGGACAAACUGAAGCAUUCACAGGGCAUCACCAAGUCCUGGGUUUUCUCUUACUUCGUACGGUGGCCAUUGGAAUCCUACAUGGUGCCUAUGGGUGUAGAUGAGACGAAGAAAAAGGGAUUCCGACCAAGACCGAAAACGGCCAAAUAAAAACUUGUAGGAAAGAGGAGAACUUUUAUGAAUUUAAUUUAUUUGUUAAUUCUAUAAUGGUUAUUUUAUUUUGUUGUCCACUGUAAGAGCGUCUAUUAUAUACUAGUAUAGGUUUAACAUCCUGUGCAUUAUUUUGCUUAUCUGUGAUACAUUGAAUAUCUUUCUUUCAUGUUUUUGAAUAAUAAUUUUCAAUAAUGUUGUUAAUU